CACUUCUUUCGGCUGCGUCAGUGAUUGGGCAGACUGCUCACUGUCCUAUGACAGAGGAAGAGGCGGGUCCAGGCAUUGCAACAAGUGCUUUUGCUGCAGGACAGACAGAUAUCCCUCUGUGGAAAGUUUGAGGACGCUCGUCUUUGGAUCGGAGGAGAGGAGGCUCAGCGCACCGAGCGUCUGUGGAUGUACGAGAGAAACUUGGAAGUUGCAUUUGUUAAAAUCCACCGACUGCAGCCACCAUGGUUGCCAACCGAACCACUAUGGACCCGAGAUGCAUGGAGAAGCCUCCUCUCGCCCUCGACAUCAUCCUCAACUUGGACAUCUUUGGCCUCAUCCUGUACUCCGUGCUCACCUUCAUGGCCGCUGUGUCCAUGCUCAUCUUCUUAGAGGAGUGUAGCUACAUCUAUAAGAAGGUGCCCAACAAUAAGAAGAGUGUCAUCAUCUGGGUGAACGGGGCAGCGCCGGUGAUUGGCACCAUGUCGUGUCUGGGGAUGUGGAUCCCCAGAGCCACCAUGUUUACUGACAUGACCUCUGCCUGCUACUUUGCCAUCGUGGUGUUCAAGUUCCUGAUCCUGAUGCUGGAGGAGGUGGGCGGUGACGAGGCUUUCCUGAAGCGAGCGGAGAGAUACAAGCUGAAGAUCAGCACGGGGCCGUGCUGCUGCUGCUGCCUCUGCCUGCCUCACGUGGCCAUCACACGGCGCACACUCUUCCUGCUCAAGCUUGGCUCCUUCCAGUUUGCCCUCCUGAAGAUUGCCUUCACCAUCCUUUCCAUUGUGCUCUGGACCAACGGGACAUUCGACCUGGCUGAUUUGACCAUUUCAGGAUCUGCUAUUUGGAUCAACCCCUUUGUGGGCAUCUUGACAAUCAUCGCCCUGUGGCCGGUCGCGAUCAUGUUCAUGCACCUGAGGAUCACCCUGCGGACAAUCAAGAUCAUCCCCAAGUACGCCAUGUACCAGCUGGUGCUGAUCCUGAGCCAGCUGCAAACAGCCAUCAUCAACAUCUUGGCUCUGAACGGCACCAUCGCCUGCGCUCCGCCCUUCUCCGCCCCAGCCAGAGGAUUCAUGAUGAGUCAGCAGCUUUUGAUCCUGGAGAUGUUCAUCAUCACGCUGGUGACACGUCUGCUGUACCGCCGAGAGUACGAUCCUUUACCCGAAGAGCAACAGGAAAUCAACGAAAACACUAAGAUGGCUACAGUGUCUGCAUGAGAACAGUGUGUGUGUGUGAGACUGUGAGACCGUGUGACACUGUGUGAGUGUGAGAGACUGUGUGUGUGUGAGACUGUGUGUGU